UCAAUCAUCAGGAAACAUCUCCCUGAUAAGAGGUUAUUUCAUCAAAUAUUCGUAUUUUUGUAUCGUAUUUUUCAUUUCUUUGUUUUUUUGUGGGUAUAAAAGACUCAAUCAACGAGAAGAAUUAUUAUAGUCUUGUCAAAAUGCUUCUGAGAUACACUGGACUCUUUGCCUUCGCUUGCUUGGGAUUGUUUUCCCCCACAGGGGCAGCUAUAAUAGCAACGGACACAGAUGGAAUUUCUCGAUCGAACUUAACUCUUGGUCCAUUCGUUAAGAUUGGUAAUGGAUUGUACUACAUAGAGGUGAUGCUACAAAAGAACUGGUUUGACGCCUACGAAUCUUGUCGCCGCAUGGGAGCUGCAUUAAUCUCCUUCGAGACCAUCCUGGAGUGGCAUUUGAUCAAUAUGUAUCUCUUUAAAAUGAAUAUCUAUGAUAUUUAUUGGACUUCAGGCAAUAAUUUAUCCAAUGGAGGCAGACAUACUUGGCAUUCAACGGGAGCACCCGUGACACUGGAUAUCUGGGCUCCGGGGGAACCAAAUAACCGUGGGGGAAACGAGCACUGUGACGAAUUGGGAUAUUUAGGAACCAGCACGAAUUACAAUGUAUUUAAUGAUAAAGAUUGUUCAGUGCAGAGGCGCUAUAUUUGUGAGGCACUCUAGCCUAUAAACAACAAAAAUUGAAGGAUCGUUAAGAUAGAAAAAGAUUGUGAUAAAUAUAGAUUGCUUUUCC